UACAUGUAGGAGGUUUGUCCACAGAGGAUGGACGUCUGGAAGCUCCUGCGCCUUUAAAUGUGUUUUGCAUCCGGAGCAGAUGCUUCAUAUCCUCAGACACUCUGAGGCCACACCGAUACCAGUAGCCCCAGAGUUGUGUUGACAAGCAUAUUUCAGGUGUGCUGCUGCUGUCUCCUGGUUCACUAUGGCCCAGAACCAAGUGAUCCUGCAGUUCCGCUUCGCCACGUUUGGGGAUUCGAUGCUGCAGAAGAUGAACCUCUUGCGACACCAGAGACGCUUCUGUGACGUCACUGUGCGUAUCAACCAGCUAGAGGUUCCCGGUCACAAGGUGGUGUUUGCUGCCGGUUCCUCUUUCUUGAGGGACCAGUUCAUCCUUCAGCAGGACUCCAGGGAGGUCCACAUUUCCAUGAUCCAGGAGCCAGAAGUGGGCCGGCAGCUGCUGCUGUCCUGCUACACUGGCCAGCUGGAGUUUCCUGAGCUAGAGCUGGUGCAUUACCUGACAGUGGCCAGCUUCCUUCAGAUGGGCCACAUUGUGGAGCAGUGCACUCAAGCCCUCAGCAAGUUCAUCAAACCUCCACGACAUCUGGCGGUGAAUAUGAGACGGGACAAGAAGGAGGAAAGUUUCUCUCCCCAGGCACAGAGAGAGCAGGAGCUGUCUCAGGUUAGGACUGUCCAUCAGGAGGAGGAGGAGGAGGAGGAGGUGGUGGAGCAGGUGGAGGGUGAAAACAAUAUUGACAAUGAUGAUGACGUUGUAGAUGAUGAUGACGAUGACGAUGACGACGAUGUGAUUAUACAGCCUAAGAGUCCCGUCCAGAUUCAUCAGAGUCAGCCAAGGCAGAGUAUGGCAGAGAGCGACAUCACCAUAGUCAAGGUGGAGUCUGUCACUGAUGUAGCAGAAAACUCAGUCACUGGUCAUUUCUCCGCCAGUCCUCCUGCUGCGCUCCACUCCCCUGAGCCCCAGCACUCGCUCAUUAAUUCAACUGUGGACAGCCGUGGCAGUGAGGUGGCUGCUCCACCCGGCCUGACCAGAUGCCCCUUCAGCCCCCCUCCUCCAUCUCCUCUGGUAGAGAAGCACAUUGCCUACCAGAGGAACUACGACAAGCCUCUCCAGUGGUACCACCAGUGUCCCAAGUGUGCCCGGGUCUUCCGCCAGCUGGAGAACUACGCCAACCACCUCAAGAUGCACAAGCUGUUCAUGUGCCUCCUGUGUGGCAAGACCUUCACACAGAAGGGCAACCUGCACCGACACAUGCGGGUCCACGCCGGCAUCAAGCCCUUCCAGUGUAAAAUCUGCGGUAAGACCUUCACCCAAAAGUGCUCGUUGUUGGAUCACCUAAACCUGCACAGUGGAGAUAAACCACACCGCUGCAACUACUGUGACAUGGUGUUCGCUCACAAGCCAGUUCUCCGUAAGCACCUCAAACAGAUCCACGGGAAAAACAGCUUUGACAAUGCAAAUGAACGCAGCCUGCAUGAUGGGACGCUUGACUUUGAUUUUGGACGAAUAUGAAAACUGUGACUCAUUUUUUUUAGCAUUUCUGUGAUAAGACGACAUUUACAGACAUUAUAAAGAGGGUGAGCGAGAUGAGCAAAGACUUUGGCUGCUUUCCUAAAGUGGCAGCCUGAUCCAUUUAACUGGAGGACAUAAACUAAGUUUUCCUGGUCUACACGUCACUGUAGCUUCAUUACUGUGGACUUUUGUCUUUUUUGUACAAUACAGUGUAGAAGCCUUCAUAUCAUACUUGAAAAUUCAACACUGAAACAUAAUGACUGAACAUCCGUAGUCAGUUUUAUGAUAAUUAACAUGUCUCUGUGUCUGCCGUGUCCAAUGAGAAAAAUGUUGCAAAGUGUAAAAUAUCCAUUUGUAUAUUGUGUAUACAAUCUGCUGUAGCCUUUCUUUCUUACCUGUGUUAAGAUGACAACAUGGACUUUAGAAGUAAGAGAAACUUGAAUGAGUGUAAGUACAAAAUGUUUUACAGAAGGCAAGCUAUGUCAUUUUGUCUUGGCGACAAAUGCAAUGCCAAAGUGUCUAUGUGAACUAUAAAGGUUCUUCUAUGUAGACUUACUAUCUGCGGUACUAUUGAACCAAAGUGACAUCAUAUCUGUCCUGUGUUUAUAGAAGUCAGUAUGUGUUAUAAGAUUAAAAAAUACUCUUAACCAAAGUUGGAUGCAUAAUCUUACUGUUACACACACCUUAUCACCGUUCAUUUUUCAACAGAAAAUUCCAUUGUGAGUCCAGUGUUUAGUUGUAAUGCAGAAGGAUAACCAGCACAAAUGUUUCAGCUCAGACCUUCCUCAGCUGCAGAUUUGCUUUUACAAGCUUUUUAAUCAGUUUGCAGUGAGAGUAUCUCAAAGUGGCAUGUAAAUGCAUGGAGAGGUGUUUUAACAAAGGUUUCAUUGUGUUCACUGUCGAUAUCUCCACACGUGAAUAGAAGUUCUGCAGAUUUGCAUGCUAAAGAGAUGGCUUUUCCACUCCUGUUGUGCACCUUCACGAAAUCAUCAGUCUGUGCAUGUUGUGUAUUUAGUGUCAUAUUGUAUAUUUAAAUUGUAGGUGUGUGCAGUUGUUCAGGCACACAACAUCAGCUUUGGAGUCAGUAAUGGUGUCUCAUCUUCUCAACCACUUUUCCUUAUGAAAGACAAAAAUUGUAGCAGAACCACAUUUCACUCACUUCAGAGAUGGUUUAUUUACUUCUGCACUCCCAUGGUUCCUCCUGAGGACUGGACCAAUAAGUAGAUGUCAACAGAGUUCGGUUUCUGCAGUUUAACAGUAAUAGAUGAUGUCAACAAGCUGCACUAAGUUCACUGCUUUUUGGCAUGUAUAGUAUACAGCAUCAGAGGCAAAUACUGUACCAUUUAUUUUAUAAUUUAACUACUUUGCUGAUUUAGCUGAAUAAUACAAAAUGUAACCACAUACAUUCUGAUGUAUUAUCAUAACAAUGAGGGGAAAAAAAUGUAUUGAUUCCCAAGAGGAAACUAACAAGCUAAUGUCGUACCAUACCAAGUAGUUUGUGUUGUAUCUACUCUGAGAUGUACGUUGCUUAGAAUAAAAGCAUCUGCUAAAUUAAA